UUUUUCUCUCAAAGGAGGAGUCUCUCUCUCUCACCUACACCACACCUAACCAAACCCCUCUCCGAUUCACACAUACAGAGAGAGAGAGAGAUCUUCAUUGUUUCUUCAUUCAUCUAGGCACAACAACACCUAUAACGCCAUGUCCUCUUCUUCAUCCUCAAUGAUCGAUCUAAUGGCUGCAAUCAUCAAAGGAGAGCCAGUGGUUGUCUCGGACCCGGCUAAUGCCUCAGCUUACGAGUCUGUAGCAGCUGAAUUAUCCUCUAUGCUAAUUGAGAACCGUCAAUUCGCAAUGAUUGUGACAACCUCCAUAGCUGUUCUUAUUGGUUGCAUCGUUAUGCUCGUUUUGAGGAGAUCCGGUUCAUCUGGGGAUUCAAAACGCGUCGAACCUCCUAAGUCUUUGGUGAUUAAGCGUCGUGAGGAGGAUGUUGAUGAUGGGAGGAAGAAGGUUACAAUCUUUUUCGGUACACAGACUGGUACUGCUGAAGGUUUUGCAAAGGCUUUAGGAGAAGAAGCUAAAGCAAGAUAUGAAAAGAUCAGAUUCAAAAUCGUUGAUUUGGAUGAUUACGCUGCUGAUGAUGAUGAGUAUGAGGAGAAAUUGAAGAAAGAGGAUGUGGCUUUCUUCUUCUUAGCCACAUAUGGAGAUGGUGAGCCUACAGAUAAUGCAGCGAGAUUCUACAAAUGGUUCACUGAGGGGAAUGACAGAGGGGAAUGGCUUACAAACUUGAAGUAUGGAGUGUUUGGAUUAGGAAACAGACAAUAUGAACAUUUUAAUAAGGUUGCUAAAGUUGUAGAUGACCUCCUUGUCGAACAAGGUGCACAACGUAUUGUACAGGUUGGUCUUGGAGAUGAUGACCAAUGUAUCGAAGAUGACUUCACUGCUUGGCGAGAAGCAUUGUGGCCCGAGCUUGAUACAUUGCUGAGGGAAGAAGGUGAUACAGCUGUUGCCACACCAUACACUGCAGCUGUGUUAGAGUACAGAGUUUCUAUUCACGACUCUGAAGAUGCCAAAUUCAAUGAUAAAAUCAUGGCCAACGGGAAUGGUCACACCGUGUUUGAUGCUCAACAUCCUUACAGAGCAAAUGUCGCCCUUAAAAAGGAGCUACAUACUCCUGAGUCUGACCGUUCUUGCACCCAUUUGGAAUUUGACAUUGCUGGAAGUGGACUUACGUAUGAAACUGGAGAUCAUGUUGGUGUACUUUGUGAUAAUUUAAGUGAAACUGUAGAUGAAGCGCUGAAGUUACUUGAUAUUUCACCUGAUACUUAUUUCUCACUUCACGCUGAAAAAGAAGACGGCACACCAAUCAGCAGCUCACUUCCUCCUCCGUUCCCACCCUGUAACUUGAGAACAGCGCUUACACAAUAUGCAUGUCUAUUGAGUUCUCCUAAGAAGUCUGCUUUACUUGCUUUGUCUGCUCAUGCAUCUGACCCCACCGAAGCAGAGCGAUUGAAACAUCUUGCUUCACCUGCUGGAAAGGAUGAAUAUUCAAAGUGGGUAGUAGAGAGUCAAAGAAGUUUACUAGAGGUGAUGGCCGAGUUUCCUUCAGCCAAGCCACCACUUGGUGUCUUCUUUGCUGGAGUUGCUCCAAGGUUGCAGCCCAGGUUCUAUUCGAUAUCAUCAUCUCCCAAGAUUGCAGAAACUAGAAUUCAUGUCACAUGUGCAUUGGUUCAUGAGAAGAUGCCAACCGACAGGAUUCAUAAGGGAGUGUGUUCGACUUGGAUGAAGAAUGCGGUGCCUUAUGAGAAGAAUGAAAACUGCUCCUCGGCUCCAAUAUUUGUCAGGCAAUCCAACUUCAAGCUUCCUUCUGAUUCUAAGGUACCGAUCAUCAUGAUCGGUCCAGGGACUGGAUUGGCUCCAUUCAGAGGUUUCCUUCAGGAAAGACUCGCGUUGGUAGAAUCUGGUGUUGAACUUGGACCAUCAGUUUUGUUCUUUGGAUGCAGAAACCGUAGAAUGGAUUUCAUCUACGAGGAAGAGCUCCAGCGAUUUGUUGAGAGCGGUGCUCUUGCAGAGCUAAUUGUUGCCUUCUCUCGUGAAGGACCCACCAAAGAAUAUGUACAGCACAAAAUGAUGGACAAGGCUUCUGAUAUCUGGAACAUGAUAUCUCAAGGAGCAUAUGUAUAUGUUUGCGGUGAUGCAAAAGGCAUGGCAAGAGACGUUCACAGGUCUCUCCACACAAUAGCUCAAGAACAGGGAUCAAUGGAUUCAACUAAAGCAGAGGGCUUUGUGAAGAAUCUGCAAAUGAGUGGAAGAUAUCUGAGAGAUGUAUGGUAACGAGACUAUUGAAGCCACGCACUCACUGUGUACUUAUAUUCAUAUAUAUACGGCACAGAAGUGCCACAAUAUGAUGAUCAUUAAGUUUGUGAUCGCAAGGAGAAAAGAACUUCCCUUUUUUUUUUUUUUUCCAUUUUUAAUUUCUUUUCACAUAUUUUGAUAAAUCCUAUAUAUUUUUUUAUAACUCACUGCUAUAUAGCCCCCAACCAAAAGAAAAAAUGCAUAAGAUGUUGUGGUGGGUAUGUAUUUAUGAACGAUUGUGUUAUAAACAAAAGUCAGCACAUUUGGUAUGAAUUAGUCAGCACUUUUUUU